AUUGGAUAAUCUUUUAAAAAUAAUUUGUAUUAUAAUCUUCACGUAUAAUUUUAUUUGUACUUUUUAUUUAAGAGAGAAACUUGUAAGUAUCUACAAGGAACUCGAAGAUUUUGGUAUUUUUGGUAAACCACCAAAAGCUGAAAAAUUGAGUAAAUUAAUGGAUGUUAUCACUAUAGUGCUUUUCUUAUAUUGUACGAUAGUUGGGAUAUGUUACGCUUCGUUUCCUUUGAUUAAUAUUCGUAGUUGCAUUCAUUAUAAGAAAAUAAAUAAUUCUACAAUCUUGUGCGGAUUUGCGACUAAUAUGAAAUUUCCGUAUGAUAUUGAUGUAGGUUGGCUUUAUUAUUUACAUCUUUUUAUUCAAUUUUAUUGCGGGACUACGGUGACUGCGAAAGGAGUACUUUUCUUUGGAAUAGUUGUGGGGACCCAGGAAUUGAUUAUUUUGCAGUUUAGCCAUUUAAUUUCUAAGCUAAAGAAUGUUUAUUGCGAUAAUGAUUUUUUUAAUCAAAAAGAAAGGUUGCGGCAUUGUAUUAUGUACCACAUUCGUAUAAUAAAUUUGUCAGAUGAACUCAACAAUUCAAUAGCCUUAUUAACCAUGCCUUGUUUAGUAACUUACAACAUCAUUAUUGGCACCAGUCUGUUGGUAGUUUUAAACGUGCCAACUCCUUUUUCUUUUAUGAAUACCGUCGGUUGGAUUGUUUCAUUAUUCAUUGGUUGUAUAAGCGGAGAAAGAAUUAUAAGGGCGAGUACAGCAGUCGGCGGCGUGGCUUAUGAUUUAAAAUGGUACGCUGACGUUCGAUUGAGAAAAGACCUUCAAUUAAUGAUUCUUCGAUCGCAAAAACCCGUUAGAUUACAAUGCGGCGAACUUGGAGAGUUAUCUUUUAUUGCAUUUAAAAAGAUUAUGCAAGGGGCUUAUACUUUGGCUACUAUGAAAUCUGGUAUUGGACGUUAGUAAUAAAUUAAAAAUGUAAAAAAUUGUAUUAAAUUCACAAAAAUUUAUCACACUCGUAAUGGUAGAAUAAAAAUUCGAAUUGGCACAUAAAAAUGUCCACUAAUUUUAUUCCUAUUUUAAAUAUUUUUUGUUUCAAAACAACUUUUUUAUUAAAUAAAAUAAGUAAUUUGUAAUUUUUGACAUUCUUGGUAAUCAAGUUGAAUAUAUUUCCUAAUUAAGCCGAGGUUGCUAGCGAGCGAGGCGCUACGUCGAUACCAUUUUGAUAUAAAACUACCUCAUUUUCAAGUAUAUACAGAGGUCCCAUAUCUUCCGGAUCAGAGCAUUAUAUGAUUCAAAGUCGUUCAAUAGCAGAUCGUAAUUCAGACCCAGGCAAUCGGUCCCACAUUCGGCCGGUUCGCCGUUCACAACUCGUUUCUCACGUAUAUUCACCAA